UGAGUAGGCGUGUCCAAACUUUUGACUGGUACCGUAAAUCUGAAAAUAUUUUCAAAUAGUACACUUUUUAUAUGAAAUUAUUUGACAAGAUUCAAAUACUUCCAAUAGAAGUAGUUGAUUUUGGCCACAUUAUUUAAAAUAAAAAUAAAUAAAAAAAGUCAAAAAAAAGUAUUUAAUAACAAAUAAUUAAAUACACAUGUAUUUAAACUCGGGUCAGGAUACUACAUGGCAUUCAAAGCAACUACACAGGAGUAAUUGUGUCUUUCUCAGGUGACCUAAGUGGACCAUAAUGUGGCUCUGGGCACUGCUUCCGAUCUGCUUGGCUGUGAUUGGCACUGUGGGCAUAUGGGUGGUGUUUGGUAUCGCUGUAUCGAAUGAGACUGUUAACAUCACAGAGAGAUUCCCCUACAUCAGUGAAUGUGGCACCUAUAAUCCACAGAGCUGCAUCUUUGCUCAGAUCUGCAACGUCUGUGCUGUCUUGGCCCUGUGGGUUGUAGUGAUCCGCUUUCAGCAGGUCAGGGACUAUGGUCAGAACAGCAAGGUGAACAUCGCCAGCAUCGUACUGGGCUUCAUCUCCUGUGUGGGCAUCUCCAUCAUCGGAAACUUCCAGCAAUCUGUAGUGAUGGGGAUCCACUUGUUGGGAGCGUUCUUGGCCUUCUUCGUGGGCCUGGCCUACUUCUGGUUGCAGGUGUGGCUCUGCUACAAAGCCCAUCCCUUUAAAGACCGUCACUGGGUUGGACCUCUUCGAGCUACCUUCUGUAGCAUCUGCACCGUCCUGGUCAUCACCAUGGCUAUACUCCAUAAUACCGGCUACAAAUCUAGAGCGGCCAUUUGUGAGUGGGCCUUGGUCAUGUCCUUCUUUGUCCUUUUUGGCCUCUUUGGGUCCGAGUUCCGUCACAUCGACUUCCACCAGCUCACCGUGCAGAAACAAGGUCUGAAGACACAGAGCACCAACGGAGUGAUCAGAAUGAAUGAUGAUUCAUAGAACAGCCAAUGAGACCGUGACAAUGACCAUGCAUUGAUACACUGUUCAUAGCUUAGCAUUUUAAGACACACACACGCUGGGUUAUUUUUACCCAGCUAGUUGGGUUGCGUAAAUAACCCAACAUGUUGGGUUGUAUGGAUUACCCAAAGAUGUGUUAAUUUAACCAUCAAUUGGGUUGACCCAGCAGCUGGGUAUUUUUCUUUAUGUAAUCCAUAGGUACUUGUGUAAGCCUCAUUAAAGCUUCAAACGUGUCAGUGUUUAACCUUAACGUGAUAACAAUACAACAGAACACAUUAACCGGAAUGACAUUUACUCUCACGGGUGGCCAAAAAUAACUAUCUGAAAGCCAUGACUCCAGUCUUCUGAGCUGACCCGCUGGGUCAUAUCUCAAUAACCCAGCACCCAGGAUCAAUAACCCAGCAGUUUUGAAAGAAAUCAACCCAAUUAAGUGACCCAAUGCCUGCAACUCAACUGCAACCCAGCAUUUAUUAGUAGACACACACACACACACACACAACUUUUGUAUUACUGUUGUUAUUUAUUUACUUAUUUAAUAUUAUGUUAUGAAAGUAUUGAGAAAAUUAAUAUAUUGUCUUAAAGUUCUAUAAAAAAUGUUUUAUCACGAAUCUAAUUGUCUUCUUGUACUGUUACUCAGUCAAGUGGAUCUAAGAUUUUCUCCCCUUUUGUUUUAUUUUUGUUCCAACAGACAUCAUUUAAAUGGUACAUCAAGACAUGAACACUGGAAACAUAUCUACAGUAUUUAUGUUAAAGAACAUGUGAAUUCACUGAUUAUUACCACGGAAAUUCAAAUAAACUUUAAUGUGAUGUGAUACAGGAAUGGAUACUUGAACAAAGUAUUUUUUUUUGUAAGUCAUGAGGGUUUACGCAAAUGUUUUUAAUUUUGUUCAUGUUUAAUAAAAUGUAACUUUAAACAUA